CGCAGCUCAAGGAGAAGGCGCAGGGAGGAGCCGCCGCAGCCAAGAGCGCGCAUGGCAAGAAGUUCUUCGGGAAGAACGAAGGAGUUUGGACGCUUUGGAACCACUUUUUUUGAGCGUUUGGUGUUGAAAGCAAAGUGAUCUCUGGGGGACAUGUUGUCUCGGCUCCUGCUGUCUGUGUUGUCCGUCGAUCCAUCAGUUCCUCUCUUCGGAGAGAAGCCGUAUCCCUAUGGUGAGGGCGAGGUGGAAAGAGUGAAGUACCCUUGCACGUCUUUCGGCAAGGGAGGAAGUGAUCAAGGAUGUCCUGACUGCAUGAAUGAGCCGCCGACCGGAACUUGGUACUUCUACAUGGAUCCGACCUGGGAUUUUUCGGCGGACGAACCGAAGAAGCGUUGAAGAUUGAUUGUGACAGAAAUAAAAUUUUGAACUGCUAAAUGUGGUUCGAGACAUUUAC